ACCAUUCCCAUUGCCACCGCUCCCUACCUCCUCCCUUCCCCGCGGCACGCCAUGCGGACCCGCUUCCUCUCCGACGACUUCGUCGCGCCGUCGCCGUCGGCGGCCGCGGCCGCCUCCUCCGACCGAGCCCUAGCCCUAGCGUCCUUACCCUUCCCUUACAUCCCCGUCUCGACUCCUCCCGAGCCUCACCUCCCCGACCCGCUCCCAUUCCCCGCCGAUUUCCUCCCCGUCGCGAGCGUCAGUGGGGAUGAUCUCGACUCUCUCCCCGUCGCUUCCGCGCUCUCCGAGUUCCUUGCCUCCGUCGUCCCGCAUCCCCUACCUGUACCGGAUAUCUCCGCCGCCGACGAGGGCUUGGAUGAUUAUCUCCACGGUAGGGGUGUGUAUGGCAAGGGUUAUAGCUCGACGGAUCCUGCUGCUUUCAAAAUCCCCAAGGGAUUGGACGAAAUGAGCCGCGACAAGGGUGAGAAGGAAGAAGGAUCCAGUUUGGAGCCCUUCGCACUUAAGAAGGAACGGGAGCUGUUGAAGGAGCUCAGGUUUGAGGUUGUAGAGGUCGAUGUCCUACCGGUUUUGCAGAGAAAAAUUGCAUCGUUUGAUGAUGAAGACCCAGAUGGUGGUGUCAUGUUUUCAUUUGGUGUCCCAGAUGUGAAAAUCCAUCUGGAUUUCAUUGAUAUUGACACUGAGACAACAAUAACAUAUCCAGCUGAAGUUGCAGAGUCAAUUUAUCAAGUAGAAAAAAUCCCUGUAAAACACGAUGAUGAUGAGGACUGUCCUUAUGCAAGAGAUGGAUACUGCUUGGAAAUCGCGGGUCUAGAGCAUGGCUUAAUAGUACCUCAAUUGGAGAUCAGUAGGAAUUCUUGGGAGCUUGAUGAGUGCCCAGCAAAGCCAGUGAUAUCCAAUAUUUUUCUUAAUAUUGCUGAAAACUUAAAUGAUGGAGCACAAGUUCAUCUUCCAUCAUUUGACUCAACUGAGUUCUUGAGAUCACGUGAUAUGGACAUGUUGGCCUUUGUUUGCGAAGAUGCCCCACAUGUGGAGUAUCAAGCAGAUAAACCAAUUACAGCAAAGGAUGUAGCAGAAAUGGAUCUUGUGAGGAUCAAUGAUAAUAUAUUACUCGAGAAAAAGUCAGCAUUCUACCCUCUCAAACCUGAUGGCACCUGUUCAGAUUUGCCUUGCUUCAUGCUCUUCGAGGAACCAGAGAUAACCGACUUUCCUUCUGAUGAUGCCUUCAAGAUGCUUGUUCAGUCAGAGAAGGCUGAGAUGAAUACGUCUGAUGAAAUAUUCAAAGAUGACUUUGAUCAAGCAAGGCGUUUCUAUGAAUCGGUGGUUAGCUCUGAGUUGGCUUUAGUUGAUGAUACAUUCAAAUCACUACCUACUCCUAUUUUAAAUGAUGAUAAAGCAGUGAGAUCUAUGUUCCCCCCUAUAGAAGAAGUACUAUGCUCCCUGAAACCACUUCCUCUAUCUGCAGCAGAUGGAAUUUAUUUGGAUUGGCAUCUUCUAUCGGAAGGGCCAUGCAGCCGGGAGAGCUGCUCUACUCAUGCGAGCAUGGUUGAGGAGGUAAAACCUUGCAGUUUAAGUUCUGAGCUGCAAAUUAGUUGUCAGCAGACACCAGCUUUUGGCAUUGAUUUUCUGGAGGAUUUUAAGAAAAGUGCAAUGCUUCAACAUGAGGACAAGCAGAAUGAGAUAUAUGUUCCUGAACCUAUAUCUCAUGAUCCUUCAGCUAAGUUGGAAGCAGCUCAGAAGUAUAAACAAGAAAGUGAUGUUACAGGUCAUAGCCAUAUGGAGAGACCUUCAGAAAAGGAAUCGUCCUUGCUUGAGUCAAUGUCACAAUCCAAUGAACUAAACUACUACUUGAAUGUCAAGAAUGGAACCAAUAAAGUAAGGAAUAAUGAGAAUGCUUUUACUUCAGACAUCCCCCCUUCAAAACAACAAGCAAUUCCCUUUUCAACCAGACCAAAAGUUGACAAACUCAUAGAAAUUCAUCCUGUCAGGCUCUCAGAUCUUAUCCGAGGCCUUAUCAAAGACAUCCAUGUAAAUUAUUCAUCUGCUUUGCAAGUAAGUACAUAUUUCAGACAUUCUUUCUCAGAUGGGCAAGGUUUAAACAUUUCAAAGCAAAAACUUCUUGAACUGAUAACUGGAGAAAGUUCAGAAGGUUUGUACAAUCACUGUAAAAAUGAAGAUAAAAUGGAGCUUAUUGUACUGUAUGCAUUGAAGCAGGUUGCAUAUUACCUUUGCUUCUUUGGUCUGCAUGCUGCCUAUCUGUAUAUAGGCAAUUUGACUGCAAUCUUUGAAAGUAUUCCUGAGGGGUUAAGAAAUAUUCAAUGCUGCAUUGGUGAAGCACGUUUGAAAGCUGAGAAGCAAUUGUUUGAGUCUCAUCCAUCAUUGUCUGACAUUGAGACAAUCCUUAAAUCUAAUACUCAGAUCGGCCAAAAGAUUCUUAUAGUUUCUGAUAGAACAUUCUGGUUGCCAUUGGGUCGAAAGCUAACUGCUAUGAAGAUGACAUCUGUUGAGGUUGGAACAUACCCUUCUGCAACUUACUCAGAUCCAGUGGUCAAGACAAACUCUAAAACUUGGAUGCUAGAAGAAUUAUGGAAAUCAGACUGCAUUCUGCUAGAUAACAAGAACAUUCCAGCUUCAUUCCCUUUCAGUGAGUUUAGCAUGAUACUGGAAUAUGGAGGUCCAAAUAAAUCAUCUACCUUGUUAUCACUGUCUCCCAAAUUAGAUGAUUUGCCACCACUGCAUUUCCUGUAUGUCACACUCAAUGAUGAAGACUUUCCAGUUGCUCUUGUCGAAGACAAUCACACAGACAAGGAUCUGAAAUCCACAUUGGAUGCUGUUGUGCAUACACUUCAGAAAGACUUGCAGGAAAAGAUGAACAAAAUGCGUAUCGUUGAUUCAUUAAACUUUGUACCAACAACAAACCAACAGGAACAUCUGCAGGAAAAGCUGAGCAAUCACCUCGCUGCUGAUCCAUCAAAAAAAAUCCCUGUGGAUGGUCAACUACAGAAUCAGGGAAUUUUGGAUGAAAAGAAUAUUGUUGAUUCACAUAACUUUCUGCCUGCAGCUGAACAGCUCAAUACCUUGAACCAAAUAACCUUUGUCAAUUCACAAAAAAUUGUGCCUGCAGUUGAGAAGAGUAGCUCCACUUCUUCUGUAUCUGCCAAUGUGCUAAAAAAACCCCAAGACAACCAAUCAGCGUCAGCUAGUGACUUCCCUCUCAGUGUGAAAACUGACAGCACCAAGUUAGGAACAUUGUCUGCCCCAGAGGUAGUGAUUGUUGUAAAUACUGUAAAUCAUGGAAAGCAUAUGCUGUUCUCUCGAAGAUCAUCUUAUCAGCAGAUACUAGCUUUGGAGAAAGAAGGAAUGCAGGUUGUAGAGCGAGAUGUUGAUCUGCCUGUGGACCUAAUACUUGGCGCUGCAGUUUGUGUACUAUGGUAUGAUACCAGAACCUUUGGGUCCAGCGAAUUAACAAUAUCAGCGGACACAUCCACUAUAACAAAUUUUAUACAAGACAUUUGUGCCAACAUUCUGAUGCCGAUUAGCUUCUGUUUCAGUGGCUGCAUAAUGGUCUUCGAGGUUGAAAACCGCUUCCUUUCUUCUGUAAUGGAGGCAUCUGAUUCUCUAUAUGCUUCAGCUGCUAGCUUGGACAUGAAUUUGCAGCUAUUUUUCUCACAAACGCCCAAAUCAACAGAUCAAAUCAUUCUCAAUUGCACCAGGAAUGUUGUUAGGAAAAAUCAAGCUCCUCCAGAUAUACCUGAAUCAGAAAGUUUGGCCGAAUCAUUUCUCACAGCAUUCCCUUCAAUUAUGCCUCUGUCUGCACAUAUGAUACUUUCUUCUGGUAGUCUUGUGGAUUUCCUCGGAUGGUCACAUGAGCAACGCACUCAGGCUGUUGAAAAGUAUUGUUUGCCACCACAGAACAUCCAUCUCUUCAGUGCUUUGUGCAAAUUUGGUGAGUUAGGUGAAUCAAGGUCCGUAAUGACUGAAUGCUCUUCUGUAGAUUCAGAUAUCAGUAGUGCAUUAUUACAGUCCACAAGAAAAAAGAAAAAGCGUGUUGUGGACUUUUCAGUAGCAAUCAACGAUCCUGCCUGCCCUAAUCCUCGUGAUCAAUUGUGUGGUGAUUAUGAACAUGACAAGGUGUUGCCACCACCUAUGUUAAGGAAAUUCUCUCACAUAGAGGAUACAAUGCCUGAGCUCCCAGAAGUCUUUAUUGUUGAUCAAAAUUUGAAUAUGGGGAGGAAAGGUGUCUCUUAUAAGCCAAGAAAACAUGGCGUGGACACAGUUGCUAGGAAUCAGAUGAUAGAUGAUGACUUCAUCACCGAGUUGUCUCCAAAUUUCAGACCAUACAAUGAAAGGACUAGCAGUAUGGUGGACACAUGCAAUUUCUCUGGGCAUGCCGAAUCGGGAGCUAAGCAGCCAAUCAGAAGUUCCUUUCCCACCAGCAGAUCAUCAUUCUGCAGAGCUUCCAGCCAUCCAACAUUUCCAUCAGCACUAGAGAUCAAUAGCGACCCUUGUGACUGGGAUGUUUGGUGCGGUACAAAUCAAACAUGGACAGGUCAUUUGGAUGGGGAUAUCGCCACAAGCUCUCGCAGAAAUGAUCUAGCCAGCAGGUAUCAGGAAUCAAGACAGGAAACAAUGCAGAGUCCAGCAAGUUCUCUUUCUUUUCUGAAACAGGAUUUCGGUUAUUAUGGAGCUUCACAAGGCUCAGGUUGGGAAAUGGAUUAUCUAAGGCAAAUGAAUGAAAAUAGAAUAGCACGCCAAGAGCGAUCUAGAUGCAAUGCUUCAUCAGCAAUGUCAAAUUCAAGAAUGAGAGAGAGCUCAUAUAGAAUUCUGAGUGCUCCUCCUAUUGAAUCUUUCAGUUAUCAAAGAAAUACAGACACUCCUUUGAGGGACCAGAACCCUUCAAAUACUGAAUCUUUCAGACAUCGAAGAAAUAUAAACACUCCUGUGAGGAAUCAGAGCCCUACAAAUGGGGCUCAAAGGCAUGGGAAAGGCAGAGGAGUAACUAAAGCACAGAGCCAUAGCAUAAGAAUGGAUUUCAAGGCACAGCCAAGUAUAAAUCAUGAAAAGACCAUAGUGCCGUCCAUCGAGCCUACAUGGACUCCUCUUGACAAGCGAGCGAGACAGAAACUUUCAUUUGCAACGUACGGAAAGGAGAAACAAAGCAAGCUGGUCUGGAGACAUCAAAGCAGCCCUGGUGUUGGUUGUGGUUUCCGGAAAAGAUACCGGGAAGAAGGUAUGUAAAUUAUCGAGUCCGGUAACGUUCUGGGCACAAAGGCACGUCGUUUGGAAGAAACGGUGGCUGUAAGUUCUAUGUUUUAAAUUGGCAAACAUAAUCUGAACUGUGUCUCAGCCAGAACUUGAACCAUCAUGAACCUCGCAGGAGAUGGAUUGCGUACAUUUGUCACUCCAUCAUCCGUUCAUGCUUGAUAUUAUUUUUAGCACUCCUGGGAAUGAUUGAAUGUUGCAUCCUUGGCCCAAGGCUCCUGUCCGUUUGAGCCUAUGAUAUUGUUCUGCCACUAUCGGCCCAUAGGCUCGUUCAUGACAUUGAUACGAUUUUUCACUUCGGUAAUCUUGCUAAAACAUAUUUGCAUUAGUUGGCCGCUA